GUCAUUGCUGAGAUCCUCCUUCAGUAUCUCAGCUCUGUGUAUUCAUUUCUCUGGAAGAGUGAAGCAGAAAGCGAUGGCAGCUCUGGGGUUAGAGAUAUUGGGCGUCACAUUGGCUGCCCUGGGCUGGAUUGUUGGCAUCGUGUCCUGCGCUUUGCCAAUGUGGAGGGUGACCGCCUUCAUAGGCUCUAACAUCGUGACGGCACAGAUAAUCUGGCAGGGUAUCUGGAUGGACUGUGUGGUACAAAGCACGGGUCAGAUGCAGUGUAAAGUCUAUGACUCCAUGCUGGCACUUCCCCAAGACCUACAAGCAGCUCGAGCUCUGUGUGUCAUCGCCAUUAUCCUGGGAGUGUUGGGAGUCUUGAUCGCUGUCGCAGGGGCUAAAUGCACCAACUGCAUCGAGGAUGAGCGCACAAAGGCCAAGGUGAUAAUCGCCGCUGGUGUAACAUUCAUCUGUGCUGCUGUCAUGGAGCUGAUCCCGGUGUCCUGGUCGGCCCACACGAUCAUCGUGGAUUUCUACAACCCGGUGAUAGUGGAAGCACAGAAACGAGAGAUGUCCACGAUCAUGUCUGCUGGCCUGGAGCUCAUUGGGAUCGUGCUGUGCGUCCUGGGAUGGCUCCUGGCCAUUGUCUCCUGCGCUCUUCCCAUGUGGAGGGUCACGGCCUUCAUCGGCAGCAACAUUGUGACGGCGCAGAUUUACUGGGACGGCCUGUGGAUGAGCUGUGUGGUACAGAGCACUGGUCAGAUGCAGUGCAAAGUCUAUGACUCCACGCUGGCACUUUCCCAAGACCUUCAAGCAGCCCGUGCCCUCACUGUCAUCUCCAUCCUGCUGGUCAUUCUAGCCAUGCUGGUGUCCAUCGCUGGGGCCAAGUGCACCAACUGCAUCGAUGAUGAAUCAUCCAAGGCCAAAGUCAUGAUCGUGGCUGGAGUUCUCUUCCUUGUAGCUGGUCUCAUGCAGUUGAUUCCUGUCUCCUGGUCAGCUAACACCAUCAUCAGGGAUUUCUACAAUCCCUUGCUGACCAACCCACAGAGGUGGGAGCUAGGGGCUUCGCUUUACAUCGGCUGGGCUGCUACGGCUCUCCUGAUAUUGGGUGGAUCGUUGCUAUGUUGCUCUUGCCCUCCAUCCAGGACGAAUUAUUCAUCUUCCCGUUCCGCAGCUACCGGUGGGUAUGACCGAAGAGACUACGUCUGAGUCGGGAAAAUAAAACAAACUGUUUCAUGUGCUGUUGUUGAGAUGACUGGAAACUGACAUCUGUUUGCUGAGCAAUGAGUAGAAAUGCUUAUUGUGUAUAAAAAUAAAAAAGUUACAAUAUGAUGGUACUGGAGGAGAAGAGCAUUACGAUGUUGAAUACUGAUUAAUAAAACUGGUUCUAAAACAUACUUUCUUUACUAUGUAUACUAUGUUUUUUAUUUAAAGGAUUUUAACAUUCAGUAUUUUAACAGACUUCUUAUUUUUAAUGAACGCUUUAACAUUCAGACGUAAAGCAGACAAAAACAGUCAUACGUUCUUCUGUACAUUGUAGUUUUCCUUAUAAAAGACACCUUGUGGUGCAGCAGCGUGGGACGUUAGCCAGGAGGUACGAAGUGAAGAGCUCAUUGUGUGCUGUGAAAUAGAGGAGAACGUUUAUCUCAUGUGUGGCACUUUUAUUUCUUUUGCUGAAACAGACUAAGAGUUUCUGUUGUAUAAAUCACACAUUAUUGUAAUGUCAUGAGUUUAUUGAUAUAAUAAAUAUCAAUUUUUGUUA